AUGAUUCUAUGGAGGACGAGAGAGAUUUGGACAUGGCAGAUCGUAGGGCUACAAAGAUUGAGCUUGAUACCAUGGAGGGUUUUGCAUAGGGCUACAGAGAGAUUGAUCUUGGUUGAUGGGCCAGAUACUUCCUCCUUCACUGCAUUUCUCUACUUAUUCUUAUCACCAGGAAGAUCAGAAAACGAGUCUGAAUAUUCAGAAUGGAACGACAACCAAGUGGUAACUAACUACAGAAAUGACACAUCAUCCCCAAACAUUUCAAAAGAAAACAAUGGAAAGAAAGGUCUAUUCUCUAAGGGAAAACAGUCACUCAGCAAGGCUCUUUCACAAGCUGCUAGGUUUAGUGGGUAUCGAUCUCAUGCAUCUGGGAAAGUAAACACUGAAUUAAAGAUUGAUGACAUGAAAGAAACAAGCUCUCAAUUUGACACUAAUGAUGGGGUUCCUGUACAAAAUGUGAUUGCAUCUUUUCCUUCUAAUAAACUUCCAAAAAUGUCAGAACCUUCACAACUUAUGACAGAAAUACACGUUCUGAUCUUUAUGUUGCACUCCCUGUUCUCAGUCAAGGAAAGAAAUGGGUCUUACUAUACAGUACAUGGAGGCAUGGCAUAUCUCUUUCAACCUUAUAUAGAAGAAGCAAUCUUUGCCCUGGUUAAGUCUACUGGUAAUGUCUUGUCUUCAGUCGUUGGAGAUCGUAAAGGUGCAGUGUUUGGUGGUUUAGUUGAGGCACCUUUGAAACCAUCAACAAAGAAAAGAUACCAGGGAUCGAAUGAUACAUUUGUGUUUACAAAUACACCAGGGCGUCCUGUUAUAUAUCGCCCCACAGGGGUGAAUCGGUAUUUUACUCUUUGUUCAACUGAGUAUUUAGCGCUUGGUGGGGGAAAUCAUUUUGCAUUGUAUCUCGAUAGUGACUUAUUGAAUGGGUCAAGUUUGGCCUCAGAAACUUAUGGUAACUCUUGUUUGUCACACACCCAAGAAUUUGAAGUGAAGGAAAUUGAGCUGUGGGGGUUUGUAUAUGCUUCAGAGUAUGAAGAGGCGAUAUCAAUGUUGAGGACAGAAGCACCUGGGAUAUGUCGAUGGUUUAUACUUCCCCUAAUUCUGCCUGGUAUAAAAUGCCUAAGUCUACAAGGUGAGCUUUUUGGUUGGACAUGCUUUUACAUUGGUGUGGCUGCUGUUGCUUUUGGAUGCUCUUAUUAUCACCUCAAACCAAAUGACGGUCACCUUGUUUGGGAUCGUUUGCCUAAACCGUGA